AUGAUAGGAAGCAUCGACUGUAUGCAUUGGGAGUGGAAGAAUUGCCUUACCGCUUGGAAAGGGCAAUAUUCACGUGGUUUUGCGAAGCCCACGAUCGUUUUAGAGGCUCUAGCUUCACAUGAUCUCUGGAUAUGGCACGCGUUUUUUGGAGCUCCAUGUACCUUAAAAGAUCUCAAUAUACUUGAUCGAUCACCUGUUUUUGAUGAUAUAAUAAAUGGUCAAGCUCCACCAGUGAAUUUCUCUGUAAACGGAAAUGAGUAUCAUCUAGGAUACUAUCUCGCAGAUGGUAUUUAUCCGAUAUGGGCAACUUUUAUCCCAACUAUUAAAAUUCCGCUAUUGCAAGCUCGUUUCGCCAUUAUUAAAAACCCGGCCCUCUUUAUGGAUGAAGUAAAAAUAGGAAAGAUUAUGAGAGCAUGUAUCAUACUUCACAACAUGAUAGUAGAAGACGAACGAGAUGGAGACUAUGAUGAAGCAGAAUUCCAACCAAGAGAAGGAAACAUAAGUUCAGAUGUACGUCAUUCAGAUGAUAUGCCUACGAAUGUCGAAGAAAUGAUGGAUGUUCGAGUAAGUAUUCGUGAUGAACAAAUGCAUCAGCAAUUGAAAAAUGAUUUGGUUGAGAAGAUAUGGGAAACAUUUGGACAUCUUUAUCAACAAAUUGUUGGAGAUACUUAA